GCCAAAUGCAUCCAAGAAUAUAAUCACUGCAGUUUUCGUUUCAAUAUCAAUUCAAUCCUACUCGGAUUUUGGAUUCCGGUGGUAGCGAAGCAAACGCACCCAAAGUCAUGUCUCGGUGCAGCGAACGGUAGACAAACACUUGUCACAUUUCCAUGGCGGACAACGCGCUCCUUGCCUGUUGAUCUCUCUCGCGCUCGACAAAUUAGAUCAGACGCCGAGCUUGAGAUCAUGGGAUUUUCCAUGAUCCUGCAACCCCACAACGCCUCCUCCACACUCUCUCCCGCCUUCUCCAUCCAUUAUUCCGCGAACCGCCUCCACCAUGACCGCUUCUCGCCAGCUAUACUCUCGGAUUUCAGAACCCAACGGCUAGUUUCGGUCGCCUUCCACCCUCCAAACCAUGGACCCAUCAAGAGAUCCCUGCGAAGGCGCUAUAACUCCGCCGUCCGUGCUGCCGCCAAGGAAACCCCAGCCGAGGCCCUGCGGAGGAUCCUGGAGUCCCCCGGGAUCCAUCAAGGCCCUGCGUGCUUCGAUGCCCUCAGUGCCAAGCUGGUCGAGAGGGCUGGCUUCCAGUUCUGUUUUGUGAGCGGGUUUUCAGUAUCAGCUGCUAGGUUGGGGUUGCCAGAUGUGGGUCUUAUUUCCUAUGGUGAAAUGGUAGAUCAGGGAUACCAAAUUACCCAAGCGGUGUCGAUUCCCGUGAUUGGAGAUGGAGACAAUGGCUAUGGGAAUCACAUGAAUGUGAAAAGAACAGUCAAAGGUUUUAUUAAAGCUGGUUUUGCAGGGAUAAUUCUCGAAGAUCAGGUAUCACCAAAAGCAUGUGGCCAUACUCAAGGACGGAAAGUGGUCUCAAGGGAGGAGUCUGUGAUGCGCGUAAAGGCGGCUAUUGAUGCACGGAAGGAAAGUGGCUCUGACAUUGUGAUUGUGGCACGAACUGAUUCUCGCCAAGCAGCAUCUUUCGAGGAAUCACUAUGGCGAUCAAGAGCCUUUGCUGAUGCUGGGGCAGAUGUUCUUUUUAUUGAUGCGCUUGCUUCAAGAGAAGAGAUGAGGGCAUUUUGCGAGAUUACCCCUUUGCUUCCAAAAAUGGCCAACAUGCUUGAAGGUGGAGGCAAAACUCCCAUUUUGAACCCUAUUGAACUGGAGGAAAUUGGUUUUAAAAUUGUGAGCUAUCCACUAUCCUUAAUUGGAGUAUCGAUCCGAGCAAUGGAGGAUGCACUUGCUGCCAUAAAAGGUGGUCGUGUACCUUCUCCUGGGAGCUUGCCAUCUUUUGAAGAAAUCAAGGACACACUGGGUUUCAAUGAAUAUUAUGAAGAAGAAAAGCGAUACAGUAUCCCUCCUCCUCAACCAUCAUACAGAAGAGGCUAUUCUCCUGCUACCAGUACAAGGCCAACAACUCAAGAAUAUCCUGAACAGAGAGAAGACAGGCCAAGUGAUCCUGUUGUUGAAGUGCUAGCCCCAUACGUGUAUGACAACUUCAGUUCAGGUGAUUCGAGAGAUCGUAUGUCUGGAAUAUGGUCUCGUACACUGAGACUGAAAAUCACUGGAAGGAAUGGACUUGAAAAGCUCGAUGUCAGAAUUCCUGCCGGGUUCUUAGAAGGAAUGUCAAGAAUAAUACCAGGCUUGGGAGGUGUUAAUAUCAUCGAAAUGUUAGAGGAUGCCUCUAUAGAAGCGGGUGAUGGCCCUCAAAGUGGGAAGAUACUGCUAGAUUUUAAUGAUGCAAUGGGAGAUAGGAUUCAGGUGUUCAUUGAAUGAGCUGAACUUAUGAACUAAAGUUUUGGUCCUCAGUUUGCUUCUGCAGCAUUGUUCGCCCCCCGAAGCACAUGCGAGGCUCGGAAUGAAUCAAACUCUUCCACAAGUGGCAAACAUUUCAGAUUAGUAGGUACAGAUCUGACCUGGCAUGCCCGCUCUGGAUCCAGCCGUUUACUGUGGCCAAGUUUUCUUUUUUCGCUCUCUCUUUUUUCAACCUUUUUCUUUAUAUACAUCCUUUGUUCAUGCCUCUCAUGCAUGCACAUCCAGCCUACCUAUUAUCUUUUUGUUAAAAGAUUUUUAUCAAGGAGCACAGAGAUUGUAUCAUACUCAAUUCCUCCAACGCCAUCUCUCUUGGUAUGUAUUUGAUGCAUGGUAGUGAUCACUUUUAAGCAUACAAUUGACCAUUUUGCUAUACCAUUAUGGAUGACUUAGAAUCUUUUGUUUUC